AUGGCAGUACUGGACUGGCUCAGGGCAUUUAUGAAACAAAACAGACUUUCAUUACGAACACCAGAACAGACAUGUAUAUCAAGGGCCAUUAGCUUCACAGAGGCAAAUGUGGAAGUGUUCUUUGACAAUCUGAUUUGCCUUAAAGCAAAAUAUAGGUUUGAACCACAAGACAUGUACAAUCUGGAUGAGGCUGCAGCAACCACUGUGCAUAAACCACCUAAAGUAUUGGCACAGACUGGGUGCAGGACAGUUGGACAAGCUACAUCUGCUAAAAGAGGAUCACUUGUGACAAUGGUUGCAAUAAUCAGUGCUUCUGGAACAGCUGUGCCACCAUUCCUUGUGUUUCCUAGGGAGCAUUUCAAAGAUCACAUGCUGCAUAAUGCCCUGCCAGUCUCUGGGGUUGGAGCCACUGCCUCAGACUGGAUGAACAGCAAACUAUUUUUACCAGUCCUGCUGCACUUUGUAAAACAUGAAUGUCCUACAAAGGAACAACCUAAGCUCAUCAUUCUUGACAAUCAUGAAAGCCACACAAGCAUAGCAGCAAUAUCAUAA